GGGAAAAAAAGUUCAAGCAAAAAAAUGGCUUCCUUGUCUAUGGAGUCGACAGAACAAUCCGACAAUAGCGCCGAGGAGCCCACCGCCGCGGAGGACGAGAAAGAUGCGGAGCAAGUAGCCGAACGCCUGCUUCAAACUUUCCAGCUCUCCGCCGUGAGUUUUUCUACGGAGCAAGUCUCGUGUCUGUGCGAGGCCCUCCUGCAGGCGGGCAAUGUGGAUCGCCUGUGGAGAUUCCUCUCCACCAUCCAUCCUUCGUCCGAGCUGCUACGUGGCAACGAGACCCUGCUCAAGGCCCAGGCUCUGGUGGCGUUCCACAGAGAACAUUUCAAGGAACUCUACGCUUUGCUAGAGAGCCACGACUUCCAGCCGUCCAACCACGUAUUCCUGCAGGACCUCUACCUGAGAGCCCGCUACAAGGAGGCGGAGAGGUCGCGCGGCCGCAGCCUGGGCGCCGUAGACAAGUACCGGCUCAGGAAGAAGUUCCCGCUACCCAAAACCAUCUGGGACGGCGAGGAGACGGUGUACUGCUUCAAGGAGAAGUCGCGCAACGCCCUGAAGGAGUGCUACAAGAGCAACAGGUACCCCACGCCGGACGAGAAGAAGAACCUGGCCAAAGUCACCGGGCUGUCCCUCACGCAGGUCAGCAACUGGUUCAAGAACCGGCGGCAGAGGGACAGAACCCCGCCUGGGACGCACUGCAAAAGUGAAUCUGAUGGUAACCACAGCAGUGAGGAUGAGGCGAGUACCAUGGACGAAACCCCAGACAAAGCGGACGAGCCCGCCGCCUCCAAGGCCUCUGUCAUCUCGCUCUCAGCGGUCAACUGUGCCGCGGCAGGUCAGCUCAUUGUCAAUGGCUCUGCCGGCUUCCUGACAGCUUCCCAACCGUUAAUGUUCAACGGUAAUUCCCUCAUCCCCGGUACCGGCGCUGGUGUCAUCAUCAACGGGCUGAGCAUGGGGGAUGGACAGAAAGUCACCCUGAGUCAGGUGGCCAGCUCCCCUUUGAUACUGAACGGUGCUCAGGUUCUAUCCAAACCAGAGGUUCCGCAGCAAGCAGUUUCCUUGGCAGAUCAGCAGGUUUUGCCAAUAGUCACAAAGCCAAACAGUCUUCCAGCCGUUGUCCUGAGCACAAACAACUCGACGGUCUCCAACCCAACGUCAGUCAUCACUCUUCCCGUGCAAUCGAAGAGCCAAAGUAGCAGUGCAAUGGAUUUCAUCGCCGUGCCAGAAGACAUUAUAAAACAAGAAAGCAGCCAGCCAGAUUGUUCCUCUUUGUCUUUGUCUCCCUCGCCGCCAACCAGCCUUCCGUCGCUAGUUCUUACACAACCCCCCUCGUGCCAGGAGGCCCUCCCUUCAACUGCCUUGUCCCUCCCGAGUCAGCAAGGAGAAUACGUCGUUCUUGCCUCUUCGGUCCCUCAGAUAAACCCUUCUAGCUCACUGGUCAACUCCAGUAAGUCCACGCCUCAGGUCUUCUCCUUGCCCCAGGUGGUGCCUUCCAUCCAGGGCAUACCAGUAUCCCAGUUGGUUCAACAACCCCCUGUGGCACAGGUGUCCCAAGGUCCUCAGCUAGUCCCCGUUUCCCCUCUCACGUCACCUACAAUCAAUUUCCAAGGCCUUCCGACAAUGAGCAGGCAGCGGGAUGCUUCUACACCAUUGGCUGAUGGUUCCACAACAAUCGUGUCCAUCUCACAGGUACCCAGUACUCCUCUCCCACAACAAGUGACACGCCAACUCGGGACCCAGGCCGUCAACUCCUCAACCGUGAAACUCCAGACGCCACAGGUCAUUUCUAUCUCCUCCCCAACACAAGUGGUUCCAGUACCUCAAGUGAAAUCCACCGUACCAGCAAAGUUAGUCCCUCUAUCCGUGCCCCAGCUGGUGCCGGUCUCGUCCAUCCAGACAUCGUCCGCCAUCUCAUUCCCCCAGGUGGUUCCUGCCAGUCCCUCUCUGUCCGUGACCUCAGCUGGAGUGCCUCUGCAACUCCUGGCUUCAGCGCCAGGCGGGAUCAAUCAAAGUCCUCUCAGGAUAAACCAACUAAGACCCAUUCAGAGUCUGGGCCCAACAACCAAUGUGAUCCCCGGUAUGCAUCUGCUCAAUUCUGGGAUCAUUCAGAUACCUUCUGCAGCUCAAGGUAACCUUCUUCUUGGUGGAAGCCCCUACUUGAGUGUCCAGCAAGGGAAGCUGAUUCUGACCAUUCCGGCGGGCUUUCAACUUACCAGUUUGCCUCUGAAACCAGUUCCUGACCCGUCCCCCCUUCCCGCAAAUGGUGUGAGUCUGAGUCCCACACCUUCAAAUGUCCCGGUAACCUCCCAGCUUUCGACAACCCCAGAUCAGCCCACCAACAUCCUCGCAGCCCCUCCACUGAACUUCCUCAAUCCACCUGCUCCGUAUUACUCCGCGGAAACUGGAAGUGCAACCACCCAGACGUCCGCCAUUUCCUCCUCGACCACGCCAGAUCCGUCAGUCGCCCCUACCACGCCAAACGCUCUUUCCCCGGAGAGCAUGCUCACCCUCAGUCCCAUGUAUGGAGGGGGUCUGACACCCAACAUGCAGUUGUCCCAUCCGACCUGGAGCCCCCUACCUCUUUCCACCUCGGCCGGUUUAACUCUGUUUGAUGGACGAGGGAAGGGGGACUUACCUGUAGAUCCAGGUCUCUUGGGUCUACCGGGUGGGGAGGCGCUGCUUCUGGGGAGCACGUCUCCGGAACAGGACACCAGAUCCUCACUAGGGCAUCCCGAAGAAAUCGACGGGGACACCAAGAUUCUGACUCAGCUUCAGUCGGUUCCCGUGGAUGAUGAUCUGGGUUUGUAGACUUGUUUACCUAACACAUCUGAAAAAAAAACUGCCACACCGUCCCAAAAAAA